AUGGAGUUUGUUCUCUCCCUGUGCCUUCUUUCUCUACUGGUUUCCACAGCUUCUGCAGAUUCAAAUAUUGCUGAUACGGAGGAUAACAAAAAGAACGUGCAGGAGUGGUUAAACCAUGGUGGAAAUCUACUUAACAGGAGAUUCGCCGACAAGGAAACCAAGAUAAGUCCUGAAACAGUUUCCAGGCUGAGGUUGAAGUGGAAAUUCAAUGCAGGCAGAGAUAUUACUGCAACACCAGCAAUUUUUGAUGGAACAGUUUAUUUCCCUAGCUGGGAUGGAUAUCUUUAUGCUGUCAAGGAAUCGGAUGGAUCUCUUAUUUGGAAGCAAAAUUUGCAACACUUAACUGGGAUUAAUUCUACUAGAGUUGUAGCCAAUGUCAAUGUAACAGUGUCAAGAACAACUCCAACUAUAGCAGAUGAUUUGUUAAUUAUUGGGAUCUCUGGACCUGCUUAUGUUGUUGCAGUUAAGCAGUCGAAUGGGCAGCUUGUCUGGACAACCCAGCUUGAUAAAAACCCAUCAGGCGUUAUCACCAUGUCGGGAACUUAUUUCAAGGGGAAUUUCUAUGUUGGCACAUCUUCACAAGAAGAAGAGCUCAGCGUUGAAGAAUGCUGCAUCUUUAGAGGAAGCUUUGUCAAAAUAAAUGCACAAACUGGGAAAAUCUUGUGGCAAACCUUUAUGCUGCCUGACAAUUUUGGCAAGCGUGGAGAAUAUGCUGGAGCAGCAAUAUGGGGGAGCAGUCCAGCAAUUGAUGUCAGCAGGAACCUCAUCUAUAUUGCCACAGGGAACCUCUACUCGGCACCUAAAAGUAUAACUGAUUGCCAAGAGAGGCAGAACAAUCAAACAAAAGUACCUACUCAUCCUGAUGAGUGUGUGGAGUCUGAUAACCACUCAGAAUCAUUCCUGGCCCUUGAUUUGGACACAGGAAACAUCAAGUGGUACCAUCAGCUAGGGGGCUAUGAUGUCUGGUUUUUUGCCUGUAACAAUCUGUCAACCCCAGAUUGUCCUCCUGGCCCGAACUCUGAUGCUGAUUUUGGAGAAGCACCAAUGAUUCUAAGCAUUUAUGUCAAUGAAACCAAGCGGGACGUUGUUGUUGCUGUUCAAAAAAGUGGAUUUGCUUGGGCUUUAGAUCGUGAUGAUGGCAAUAUUUUAUGGUCUACGGAAGCUGGACCUGGUGGCCUCGCCGGAGGAGGAACAUGGGGAGCAGCCACAGAUGAAAGGAGGGUCUACACCAACAUAGCCAACUCUGAUGGCGAGAAUUUCACUCUGAAGCCAUCCACAAGAAACACGACUACCGGUGGAUGGGUGGCAAUGGAUGCUAAUAGUGGCCAAAUCCUCUGGUCAACGGGCGACCCUUCCAAUGGUACUGCCAAUGGCCCUGUAACCGUGGCAAACGGGAUCCUCUUUGGUGGUUCAACAAACAGUCAAGGACCAAUAUAUGCAAUGGAUACUAAUACUGGAAAAAUCUUAUGGUCAUAUAACACAGGGGCCACUGUUUAUGGUGGCAUGUCAGUUAGCAAUGGGUGCAUUUACGUAGGCCAUGGAUACAGCGUUAGUCUUGGAGCCUUCAAUCCAAACUUCACUGCUGGAACCUCACUCUUCGCCUUUUGUGUCUGUUGA